AUGGCGGUAUCCGUCUCCGCCGGCCCCAGUACCGGGUCAAAUGCGGACAAUGCUGCCGCAUCCCCGAUCAACGCGUCGUCGAUCACAGCGGCCGUCAGUCAUAAUUCUCCGGCUUCCGUGUCGAGCCCCGCUUCGGUUGCUUCUCCUUCCAGUGUCUCCACUUCGACGACCUCAUGUUCGACAGCUCCUCCCCCUAUUGCUAUCCGGCCAAAUCCAACCCCUAAGCCGCUGUCAAUCAAGACUCCCAAUCCUGCAACGCACAUGUCUUCCAACGGUUCAGUACCGCAAGGGGGUUUGAGUAUGACCACCAAAGAAUGGGUGGUCCCUCCUCGGCCGAAGCCUGGUCGGAAGCCUGCCACUGAUACCCCUCCUACGAAGCGCAAGGCACAGAAUCGUGCCGCGCAGAGGGCAUUCCGGGAGCGUCGGGCAGCUCGGGUUGGCGAGCUUGAAGAACAGCUUGAGUCGGAGAAGGCCGCCCAUGAGAAAGCGGUUAGAGAACUGCAGGAGAGGAUCAGCAUGCUGGAGCUUGAAACGCAAACCUUGCAGUCACGAUGCCGGUGGUUGGAGUCUGCUCUGGAAAGAGAACGUCAAAGUCGGAACGGUCAGGCCACCACGAGCUGGGACAGUCCCUCGAUGGAGCCCCCAAGGCACACUUCUUUUUUCUCUCCCCAAACUCAGCCACAGCCGCAACCAUCACAAUUAGCUCCUGCUGCUGUGGCAGCCCCGGGCAUGCGACCUUUGAAGCCAGCACCCCUGAAGAGCUCCAUCAUUUCUCCUGUUACUAUUGAGCAACCGAAGCCUUUGCCGCAACCGUUUUCUAUUACACAAAUAGUGUCUCCUCUGGAAGAGGUGAUUAGUCCCGUUGAUCUGACCUGCGGAAAAUGCGGGACAAACGGCUCUUGUGCAUGCGCAGAAGCUGUUAUGGCAACUACUGAUAUCGCAAUCGGUUGCGGUAAAUGCACACUUGGCAGUCGAUGCCAAUGCCUCGAGGAGACUCUCGGGGUUUCUGUCCCAGCAACAUCCUCUGAUCUCAAGAGGCCGGGGUCCCCUCCGCCAACAUCUCCAGAGGAGAAGCGGCAGCGAUCCGAUGCCGGGAUUGUCAUGGAAACUGAUUUUACUGCUAUAUUCUCCUCCCAGAGCAACAAAGACCCCGCUCCGUCAACAUUUUCCUCUUCUACACAACCCCUAAUGACAUCCGAGCCUCCCAGAGACCCGUGUGGGUUCUGCAAAGAAGGGACAUAUUGCGUCUGCGCCGAUUCAAUGAUUACUUCAGAACCACAACCGCUCAUAGCACCAACACAGACUCGCACCCCUCCUCCAUCCGAAAACGACGUUGCCCCGACCCCAAUGGAGGUGACAGCAACGGGAGCCAUCAAGCUCCCUAAUCUGCGAAACGGCCAGCGACAGCAUCGCACCGCUGCCAAGCCGCAGCAGCCUGCGGCUUCCGCAACCUUAAGCGGCUGCGGCCCCAAUGGCCCCGGCACCUGUGCUCAGUGCCUCGCUGAUCCCAAGUCCGGCCUCUUCUGCCGUUCCCUGGCUGCCAACUUCGAGAAGAACAACCCGGGCGCCAGCCUAGCUGGCGGAGGCGGCGGUUGCUGCGGCGGGGGCGGGCCAGGCGGAUGCUGCAAAUCUGGCAACAGCAACAGCGACAGCCAGACCUCGACCUCCGGCUUCGGCCUGAGUCUCUCGUGCGCCGAGGCCUACAAAACUCUGGCUAGCCAUAGGCACUUCGACGAGGCGGCCGACGACAUUGGGUCGUGGCUGCCGAAGCUGAAGGCGCUGCCUAUCCCGCGACCCUCUGAGCCCGGCGCUGGUUCGGGGCAGGGGCUGACUCGGCGGGCGCCGAUCGAGGUCGAGGCUGCUAGUAUCAUGAGUGUUUUGAAGGACUUUGAUGUGAGAUUUGGAAGGGGUGAGUAG